CGCGCUUGUUGCACCAGGAUGGAUGCGGCAGGGGAAGUUUGGGGGCGCAGAGGCAGCACAGAGGGGCGAGGCUGGGGUACAGCGCUUGGCUGCCUGCCAGCGCCCAGAAGCCGGCUAGGAGCAGCAGGCCAGCCGGGGGCAGAGAGCAGAGCCGGGGCGCGGCGGCAGGGGCGCGGCGGCAGAGGCGCUCAGGCCGGGCACUCCCCCGAUUUGCAGAUGUAGACAUUUCACAUUUCCGCAGUGUCACGAUUUCCGUUUCCCUCCUUAACCAAAAAAAAAAAAAAAAAAUCCCCGUCCCCAGGAGCCGAGCCGAGCCGCAGCCCGCGCCGCCCAGGCGAGCCCCGCGCCGCGCCCGGCCAUGGACCUGCCCGCUUCGGAGGAGCCCGAUGCCCCCGCGCCUCCGCCUGGCCUCCGCGCGCUCCUGCCCGCCAGGGAGUUCCUCCGCUCCCGCAAAGGGCAACUCCUGCUAGCCGAGUCGGUGCUGUCAUUUAUCACCUUUAUCUGUUAUAUUGCAUCUUCAGCUGCAUCUUUCAUGAUGGCACCACUCAUUGUAUUUCUGCUGGCACUGUUUCUUUUCUUUGCAUACUCCUCUAAGCUUAAUGAGAAGUUUAAAGGAAUCUACUGGCCUUUGACGGAUUUCUUGCGCUGUGUCACUGCCGCCAUUAUAUAUUUUGCCAUCUCAAUCGCUGCAGUCUCAAAAUAUUCUGAUGGAGCAUCGAAAGCAGCUGGAGUAUUUGGCUUUAUAGCCACAAUAGUGUUUGCUGUUGAUUUCUACAUUACCUUUAAUGACCUGGCCACGUUUCUCAAACAAGGCGGUUCCGAAAAUGCCACUGAAGUACAAAAGUCAGAAGAUGAGGCCUCUGAUUCGGAUUCGGACUGAAGAACAGCGCAUCUACGGAUUGUGAAGUCAAAGGGAAGAGAUGACCUAUCUCUUUCCUAUUUGCUAACUGCACUGACAGUUGAAAUGUUUCCCUUUCUUGUUUUGGUCUCAGUCACGACUACAUUCUCUCUCUUUUUCCAUCACUGUUCACAGAGUCAUGAAAACCAGUGACACAGUAAUAUGGGGAAAAAGCUAUUUCAGUGUCACAGAACAUUUCUUUGGAAAGUAGCCAUUUUGUAGGUGUGCAACCUUGUACCUAGAUACAUCUAUGUCUGAAUGUGAAUCUCAAUUCUGCAUGGCCCUCCCUUGUUCAGUGCACUACAAAGUACUUAGUAAAAGGAACUUAUUUUUUAAUACGCUUUCUUUAUUUCAAACUUUCCACUAGAUUUCCGAGUCUGAGCUUUCUUACUACAUUUUUUCCAGAUUAAGAAGCCAACACUAUUCCUUUAGAUAAAGUCUCACUACCUCUACUAGCUAAAGCAUUUGAAGGCACAGGUUAUAUUGGAUGUGUAGGUUUCAGAAUGCAUUUAACUAUAUGUCUGCUGCCUAUGUGUGACCAUGAAAUGGCAGCUGGAAAUCUGCAACAUGAGCAAAUCUGAAAAUGCCUCAGGUUAGCUAGUUUAGUAGACAUUCAGUUUUCUGUCAUUUUGUAAGAUUUUCUGAGGUGAAAUCAACUUCUUUCUAACCUGCUUCUGUGGGGACACAUCACACCCUUCAAAUUUUAUGGCAAAGAUGAGGCUGAGCAUGAGAGACAUAGUUUUAACCUUCCCUUCCUAUCACCACUGCAGAAGCCUCUACGUGUAGUCUGCAUGUUUAGCUCCAAUUUCAGGGGGCAUGGUCAGAUGGGCCUGGAUCAGAGACAUCCACAUGACAUUUCCUACCCCAUCAAGCCUGUAAGGAUUUCUGCACAAGAGCCCACUGCUCUAUGCUUUUCACAUUUCUUGCUCUAUGCUUUUAACAUCAGUCCUCCAGUCAAUAGUGUUUAGCCUAGGUAGGGAAACACAGGACUUACAGCUCCUGAUAAAGUCAGGCUGCCACAGAUAAUGGAGGAAAUAACACGGAGACAAAGAUGAAGCGAGAUGUAGCUCACGAAAGCUUAUGCUCAAAUAUAUUUGUUAGUCUCUAAGGUGCCACAAGUCCUCCUUUUCUUUUUGCGAAUACAGACUAACACAGCUGCUACUCUGAAAAGGCUUCUGCAAAUCUCACCUUAUCUAUGCUUUUGUGGUAUACAAGGGCCAUUCCUCUGUGGAGAGGCAAACCCAGCCUCCUGACAGAAAUCUCAGUGCAGCAAAUCGCACUUUCCCAGCUCUCUCUGUUUUUUCUGAGAGGGCAGAUUUGUCCCUGGGUGUGGGGUUUUUAGGAAAAACGCCUGCAUUUGAAAGGCGUUAGAGAGAGGGUAACAUAACUUAUCUGCAGUAGUCACACCUUCUGAUAACAUAUACACACACACACACACACACACAAAACCCAAACAAUAACUUAGUUAAAAGAAUGGCAAACUCCAUGUAUGGCAUUUGAUAUGCUUUUUUCAAAGAAACUCAUAUGUUAAACAAGUAUUUCAUAUAGUCACAGGACUGGUGGCUUUCUUCUCUCUCUCUCUCUCUUUUUUUUAAAAAAGACUUCAUGACACAGCAGAUGGUACCAAUAGAGUAAAUGAAAACAGAGCCAAAACAAUAAAGGCAGAUUUUGCUGGGAAUAAACAUAUUUUGUGUUUUAAUGACCUGCUAGCAGCUUCUGGACGGCUAACAGCCAGUCGCAAGGUACCAAUGAGCAGCAUAGAGAUGUUUCAGAAAGAAUGGUCUGGCUUAACAAGGGGAUAUCUGAAAGACAACCUUCCCGUUCUCCACAGUUCCCAUUUCCAGACCACUGAAGGAGUAACAACAAUAAAUGUUUAUUCCUGAACGUGCAAAGUAAUCAUCACUUAUCUCAGGAAAGAGCCCUUUGGACUUUUUCCAGAGUGAAAUUCUGCAUUUCCGUCAUGCCUCUCUUUUACUGUAAUAUAUUUACUGGCAUUUACUGUGAUGUUAGGGACCUGUGGUAAUUUUUACAUUCUCUUUUUGUAAUUUUAAUUUUUUAUUUUUUUUUUUAAAUGUACUGCAUGUGAAACCUUGGAAACUAGCCCAAGAUUAACAUUUAUAAACCAUCCUGGAUUAUACCAUCUUUAACAGAAGCUGAGUUUUGUGUUUUCCUUUACAUAUUCUUUAUUUUACAAUCUCAUUUUAUAAGCUUUCACUCUGUAAACCAGAUACAAUAAUACAGUUUGGAUUAAUUGUGCCAGUUAGCGCAGAGCAUUGUAAGAGGCAGUGAGAAACAUGGAGAUUGCACUCGGAGAUUGCAGGCUCACUGCUAUAUCUUUGUAGAGUAUAGCACACUCCUCUAACCCAUGCAUAAAAGGAAUGUCACCAGAAAUGUUGUUAUGAUCUUCAGCAGUCUUUGGAAGUAAAUAAGCUGCUGUGUGUUUUGGGAUCUGAUACUGUCAUUCUUGUAAACAAAUCUUUCGAUUUGCAAUUUAUUCACACGCUAUUUCUGGAAUUCAGGAAUUAUUCCUCAAAACAAAAUGAAAGUUAAAAAUAGUGGCUUUUAUGCUGAUGUUCUCAAAAUCAAGAGAUGCAUACAAAAAUACUAAGGUAUUUCAGUAUCACUUUCAUAGGCGCCAACUUCCCCUUUUUUCUGUGGGUGCUCGACCCCCACUCUGCCCCCAGCCCUGCCCCCACUCCACCCCUUCCAUGAGGCCCCACCCCUUCCCCAAAGUCCCCGCCCCAACUGUGCCCUGUCCCUGCCCCAUUCCAACUCCUUCCCCAAAUCUCCCCCUGUACCCCCCUAUUCCCUGCCUCCUCUCCUGAGUGUGCCACGUUCCUGCUCUUACCCCACCCCACCCCCGGAGUGUGCAAACAGCUGUUUGGCGGCUGGGCAGGAAACACUGCUUGGAUGUUGGUGGGUGCAAUGAACCCACUAAUUUUUCCCCGUGGGUGCUCCAGCCCCAAAGCACCCACAAAGUCGGCCCUUAUGAUCACUUUAUGAUCAGAACGAUUAAUCAUCAAGUGAUAACACUGUGUUGCUUGCUGACACGAUUUUAUAUUUAUUAUUGAGGUAUUUGGUGUUUUUCUUAAGCCUUAGCUCAUGGAGUCAUGUUAUUAUGUGAGACUGUCAGUUGUCAUUUACAAAAUUUAUAGCUCCUAUAGUGGCUGAGGGGGGGGGGGACAGAAUGAAAAAAUCUAACUCUGAAAACCCAGGAGUCAGAUAAAGGGAACCCAAAUUUUAUCAUUUUUAAAGUAAUGUGUUUUUAAAGCCAAUCAUGAUUUUUUGGGGCCCGACUCAAGAUUUUUGAAUGCUUGGGACUAGCCAUGCUCCACUAAAGUCCUGAUUUUUUGACAAGUUCAAGUCAAUUGGACUUCUGGUUGCUCAGGACCCCCUGAAGAAUUGGACCUUGAGAGAAUCCACUGUUAUUCUGAGUGCAGCGGUUUCUUUUACUGAAGUGGUCAGUGCAACAGCUUGUUAUGAUCAUACUGCUGCUUUCUGCAUUUCUAACCCCCAGACAUUUUAAUUCAACAACAAUAAUUAAGGUUAAAGCAUUUACAAGCUGAUAUAGGUAUCACUUCAUCUACAACUGAAAUGUAGCUCUCUAGUUUGAAUUUCCACAAUUCUGGAACAGCACUUAGCAACAAUGCACAACAAAUGAGGCUAGCAAGCUUCCAAUAGCAAAUGCAGAGUGAACUUACAUGUAAAGAUAAUGUACUUACUCACAAUUUAAAACUCCACUCACAGGAUUAUCGAAGUUAUUGGUAAGGAGAAAAAGGAAGUCUCCAUUUAUACCACAUUUGGAUGACUUCACAAGGCUCUCUUGCUGUUUUAUCUCUGCACCUUAUUCCUGUCAGUGGAAGAGGCUUUGUUCCAGUCUCCUGAGUUGUUGCUGUACAAGUGAUAGCAUAAGAACACUACCUGGCAUGGAACUCAAGCCCUUUGUAUAGAGCCUUUUUAGACUGUCAAUUAACUUACAGGCUUGCCAGCUGUGUGGCACUAAAGUGUUUAAGAAAACAAGUGUUUAGAAGACUCUUGUCAGUUACACCCAGGAAUUUCACAUUUCAUGGCAAGAAAAUUGAGGUAUGAUGAUCACAACUCCAGAAGUCCAUCUGUGAUUUGUAUCUCAACCCUCCACCCAAGGGGGCAUAUCCAAUACGUUAAGUGAGAAAAAAUGUUUCUUCAGACUGCUGUAUUUGAGAACCACAACCCCAUUACCUGGUACCUUUGAAAGCAGCAGGCAAUUUAGAGUUCUGGAUAAAAUGCAGACAAACUGGUUUUACUAUGCCCUUGAUCAAGUUCAUUGGUUAGUCACAGAUUUCAAAACCUGUAUUUAUGGCCUGUGGUUUCCUGGAUCCUUGUAAAAACUUGCAACAUGAAUAGUACUAGGGGAUGCUUCUGGUAGCCCCAGCCUCAAAACUCACUGGAAACACAGGAUUAAACACUGUCCAGGGAAUUCAAACAAGUUUAACAAGCGUUUUUAUUUUUCAUGGUGUUCCUUUACACCAGUGCAAACAUAUUUUUAAAAACACGACAAAUGAAAAGAUGUUUCCUUUGAUCAGGGGACUGUUUGUGCUGUUUGACAGUAUCCAAAAAUGAAAAUCAAAUGAUACCGGUAGUCUGUUAAUCUGUUUUACUAAACCAGAAGUCAAUUUUUCCCUGGGGUGGGGAAGUAAUAGAAUUUAAAUAAAGAAUAUAAAUUUCACUUUUUCUACACAACAGCCAGGCAAGACCUCUUAUGGUGAUCACCACACCCCGCUGGUUACAAUACCAGCGGGCAACCUGCCCCUGUUGCCCAGCAUUAAAUCUCUUUGUUCUUUUUGUACAGCAUCGAGCACAAUGGCAUCAUGAUCUGUGCCUGAGGCUCCUACAUGCUACAGCAAAACAAAUAAAAUCCCAUUGCUGACUUCACCAUUCCCCAGCUAUCGCAUCUCUAGCUCAGAUUACUUGUGAAGAAAUUGCAACUGGUCUAUCUUAUGGCAGGUCAUAUUUUAAGUGGUACAUUUUGGAAAAAAGCACAUCACACCAGUGCCUGACACUCUUCAGUGAGUCCCUCCCCAAGGGAUUCAUCCAGCUUAGCAGGUUGUGGUGGAUAUAGGGCUUAAACAAGAGCUCCCAACCACUGUCACUCUCAAGCGAUCCCUCAUAGGUACCUUAUAAAGUGCCUCCCAAGCUUCCCAGAGUUUUUCAUAACAUUUAUUCAAUGAGCAGAUCCUCCAAGGUGUCCUCCCCUAGCUUCUUGCCUUCAGAGACUCAAUGCCUUCAUUUCAUACCUGAAGCAUCUAAGCAAUAAAUAAAUUCAUCUUCCCACUUCCCAGGAUAAUAGCUCAUGCAACUUUCACUCUGAGGUGGCAGAAAGUUAUCCAUUUCCUCUAGGAUUUCAGUCUCAGGCUUAUUUACAAGUCAGUAAUAGCAUUUCUUUGUACAGGACAAAAAAUCCCUCAAAAGAGGCCCUGCCACAAACACCCACCUAGGCAGCUAGGCUGUUUGAGCUUUCUGUACAUGGAAUUUACAGGGACAACUUACGUGUUUGUUUGUGUUUUAACAACUCUCUUAUUCACAAAGAAUCUCUUUCCUGGUGCUUUAUCAUCCUCACCAAUUGAAUCACAACAAUUUUCUAUAAGUUUUCUAUAAACUAAUAAACCAGUUUACACCUGCUGUAGUAGUGGACGGCAAUUUCAGAUAAUCAGCAAAGAAGAUAAAUAACCAGCCAUGAUACCUAAUACUGAAUUUAUACAUUACAUUUACAGAUGACAACAAAAUGUUUUAAACACUUUAACAUGUCCAUUUAUUAAACAAGAAAUCCUUCACAAAUGAUUCCAUACUAUACUGAUCAAAAGUUAGUGUUCAGAAAACUAUUUUCUCUACAUACAAAAAUACAGAUUUUACCACUAUGAAGACAUAAUCAGAAGAGUACCAUGAAAAUUUUGAGAGUUCAUUAUUUUGAUAUAUCAAAAGAACAAAGGGAAAAAGCUAGCAAAGAGACAACAAUGAACUCCAAAGGCAGCACAAAUACUACAUUUUAAAUUGGAAAAUUAAAAAAAAAUUAUUGUGCCCAUAUACAAAACACUGAAUAAGCAAAAUGAUAUUUAAAAUGGAUAAAAUACACCAUUUAAGCUGUGUUAUAAAGGCAUGUGUUUUAAAAACAUAUAGACAAGAUCAAACAGCAAGUUAGAGAUUGCCUUCUAUAUCACAUUAGUAAAUUUAUUACAAUCCUUCAACUUUUGUUUAUACUAUAACAUUAAUUAAAAAAGAAAAGAAGUGCAUAACAUAAAAGAAUAAUCAGUUGUCUCUAUAAAACAAGUUUAGGAAGCGUUUGUUCGUGUAUAAUUUUCUUGCCUUUAAAGUUGUCCAGAGCAUCAACAGAAUUUCUUUGCAUAAAAAGCCUGACAUCUACUUCACUUACUGUAUCAGGUGAAAUUAGUUAUUGAUACUGUGAAGAAGGUGACACCAGUUUGGAUUAGAGGGUAAGUACCUGUGCUAGAAACUUUCAAUAUGGUUUGUUGACCAUCUUACUUGUGUUUUUUUUUUUAUCUAAAACAGAUAUAAGAACACCAACCAAAAAUACAGUUAAAUUGUAUCAGAUUGUAAAUGAUCUUUAAACAUAACAUUUUGCUUGAAUGCAAUUUUCUUAAAACUAAAAAUUCAUUUGUCAGAACAUGCUUUUACACAUGAAGGCGAGAUAAUCACAUGGGGGCCCGAGCCUAUGGUCUUUGAAGUCAAUGGGGAGUUUUGCCUGAGUAAGGGCUGCAGAAUCAGCCCUGAAUUUGGAGUGGCACGUACGAAAAUGCCUGAAGUAUUUUUCUUGGCAGAAAAUUACGAUUUCCUUAUCCAUAAGGGGAAACACACAAGGGUAUCACACGGGAGUUUUGCUAAUAUUAAAAGGAAAAGUGGACCAACUUUGCCCAACCCUGUAGUCUGCAAGUUCAAAGACAGAUAAUUUUAACUCUCAUUUAACUUACACUCAGAUUUGAAAAUUUAAAAAACAAAUUAUUCUAAAUGGAAAUUUCAGAACCUCCUGCUGUUCAUAUUUACAACUAUGGUAGAAUAGGAAUGGAUUUCCUGUCACUUAAAGUCUUUCAGCCAAGACAUUUCUUUUUAAAAUUUAUAUUCUAGCUUAAGUAGUGGUCUAGAUGCAGGAAUGUUUGGAUCAACCCCAGUUGGGGCUCAGAUUCAGCAUCAGGGAUGCAUAUGCACCCCACAAAUGGGGAUCUCUUCAGGCAUGUCUUAAAAGGGGGGAGAGAAGUAUUUUCAAGUAUAUUUCUCCGUUAGUCUGAGUUGUUUUCACUUUUCAGGUUACAGUUUUGGGCAGAGCAGAGCAAAAUAGGUACAAUUUUCCUGUUCCACCUUGAACUCAGAACUUUACUAUUAGUGUACAAAAAGAAAAAAUGGCUGUUACCACCAUUAAGGCUAGUGUUAGUGACAAUAAAACACAAAGCUGGAAAUGUAUUAGUAAGCCAUGUUACAAAAAUAGUGUUUACUGGUUUAAUACAUUACAUUUCUGUCUUUAUGACUGACAAAGUACUUAUACCAAACACGGAAGGCACCCUAGGUGAAGUAGUUUUUCCAAUAUUUGUUUACAAGUAUGUGAAAAGACAUAACUAAUGUCAACUUUUCAAAUCAAAACUGAGCAAUAAAGUGAGUAAUAAAUACAUACUUUACUAUUUUAUUCUGGGUUCCUGAACCCUUACAAACUUCAACAUAUACAAACAGUUUCAAUGGACACUAAUGUAGAAGAGGAGAAACCUGGCCAACAGAACACCUUUCAAGUAGCUAUAUCAUUCAUUCUAGGAUGUCCUAAGUGUUGUAUUUUAAAUAUAGCAAUUAUUUUAAAAUGCAUUAAAUUGAUCACAAUACAAAUAAAAAAUACUCUCUCACUAUAGGUCUGCAAUGUGAUUUAAAGCUGCAUGAAUGGUAGCGAUAAGAUGCACUAUCCCUCCACAAUAUCCAAUCACUAGGAACCAGUAAACAUUCAAGAUCCAAAGUAAAAAUUGAAGGUAGCCAAUUUUUAAAAUACAAGAUGCUAGCCUGAACCACUUUAAACCUAUAGACUUCAAGAACAAUAUAGCAUUACUAAAAUAUUUAGACUAUUAUACUUUUGGGAUAAAAAGAUUACUAAAAGUACUAAAUCGAACUAGUUAUAGAUAUUUCCUUUCAAAUGUGAAGCUUUCAACUAAAUAUGUCUAUUAAGACAUUUGUCUAAAACACACCACCCUGAAAUUUACCAUGUUCUGGAUACUCAUCAGGUCCUUGCAAGUCAAAAGAAGCAGAUGUUUAUAUUUCAUCCUGUUCCCUCAGUAUUUCACAUCCAGAGGUUAUUAAAAUAGUUGUAGGGACCAGCCCCAAUAAAACCCCAAAAACCUGUUUACAAGAUCUGGACACUGCCUUUUCAAAUGCUCUUAAGUCUUCAUUAUGAAUUUAUGACUAUUUCCAUAUUCUUCCCUAUAUGUUAAUUAGCUUUUACUUAGCUCAUGAAAUCCAUGGGACUGAAAACCUUUAUAGUCGUUCAAAGCUCUGUGUUAUAAAUUGUCAAUCAAGGUAACUGCUUAUAUUCUAUAUAGAAACAAAAUUAAAUAUUUUCUUUGCCAACACCUGUGACUAGUUAUAAAAAAAAUAUUUAUUAGCCCAUCGCUACUAAAAAGACAAAUUUUCACUAGAUCAUUCAUCCAGCAGAGCUGAAAGAGUUCCAGUGGCAUUGUGAAUAGGUAACUAUAGUAUGUGCCUGCGCAAGAUGUCUUCAUCACAUUUUUGGAGAGAAAUGGGUGACUUUCACUUAGAGGCAUAAAUAAGAACACUUUUGAAACCUGCAUGUCCCUAAACAAAUUUGACCUGUGUUAUCUACUCUAAUCAAAGCAUAUUAUAAAAUCACAGCCUGAGUAGAUUUUCUUUUAAAAGUAUGUUUCAUGAACAUCAAUGGCUACAUUAGGGACAAAGAUAUUUUUCUUUUAACUUUACACAAAAAAUAAACUUUAGGGCUAGACUGUAUCCUCCUACUCUCCCAGUCAAAUGUGAAACCUCUCUGCUCCUGUGAGUGGAUGAUGGGUACUAUGGCGAUAGUAAAGACAGUGCUAAUAAGAAAAAUUCUAAUGAAGAAUCCAGCGAAUUCUUCAAUAAGGAGAAAUAAUUCGUAAAGAACGAUUUAACUUAAUCCUGCUUCUGAGUCUUGGUAACUUCCCCUACUGAAAGGAAGAACUCUCUACCACUUUUAUUAGCAGUUUUCAAAUACAAUUUCUUUCCAGAUCCUUACUUUGACAAACAGUACAGCAUUCUGCUAUUUUGUACAUAUUUCAGUUUCCUUUCAAAAUGAUAUUUUUAUGACCAUGAGGCCUAAAAUGGGUUUAAACACAAUAGUUAAAAAACAACCUUCUAUCUCUGCAUAAUGUGUCUGAUCCUUAGUUGACUCCAAGGCAAUCCCAACAGUGCACCACAUUAUGGAUAGGGCUCGUAGCGAGGGACUAAGUAUCCUGAUUUUGUAGAGAUCUACACACUUACUCAACUUUACGCAAUGUAAAUAGCUUUGAUUUCAAUAGGACUACGCAGUGUGUAAAACUUUGCCAGAUCAGUGCCUAACACGGGGCACAUUCACCCUUCUGGUGAAAGCAGUACUUGCAUUCUGUAGUGACUCCUUUGACCAACUACUGGCUUUUAAUUGGGUUAUUCGAUAACCACACUGACUCAUAUAACAACACAGCUCUGACACAGAUUUUAAAGUAUACUGUUCACAAGCACAGAAUCUCUCUGAUUUAGUAUCUUAUUUCCUGAUUAGGAAUGGGAUGUGACCUAAGGGCUGGGAACAAAAAAAAAAAUCCAGAUUUCCAAACCUGUUUCUACCAUUGACUCACUGUCUCUGUCUCCUCUUCUGUGAAAUGCAGAAAACACCUCCCUUUUCCUUCCCAAGGGCAUUGAGGAUUAUUAAUGUUCACACAUCACUUGGAAAAUAAAGAGUUAUGUAAAAGCAUUAACAUAUUUUUCUUAGAUUCAUGGUCAGAUUCUACCAGAUUAUUUAUUUGUCCUAAAUAUCAAUCAAAGACCUUUGGCUCUAGAGGUUAUCAUGUUUAUCCUAUUUAGACUUGGAAAGUUGUUCAGUCUUUACAUCACAUCUGAAGGAGGAUGGUUGAUGCUAUUUUUAAUAGUGUUUGAAAUGCAGCGUGCCUCAGGCUUUUUGUGACGGGUGCUCAAGAAUCACUGUAAUAUUAAUUACCAGAAAGGAAAGGGAUGAAAAUGUUUAUUAAAAAGAGAGUCAGAAAAGACGACACUAGGCACAGUGGUGGGGAGAUUUAAGACCAGAAAAAGAUUCCCUGUUGAAAAACAAAGCUGGUAUUGCUAAAAUUAUGUGAUGUGGGUAAGUUAAGCACCACUUGCACUGCCUGUAUGCCUCAAACCAAAAGUAACAAAAGGGAUAAGUAGCAUAAGGGAAGAUCUUCACUUGUUUAGGGAGGCCAAACUGGACAUUUCAUUGAAAACUUUAGUGAUUAAUUCUACAAUCCAGUUGCACAGGACUACCUGGGUCCGUUGUCUAGAACAGCAACUCUCAAACUGUAGUCCAGACCACAGAGCUCUAUCUAGUAGUAUGAAAGAGAGUAUUGUAAGACCCAGCGGAUCCUGCAGUAACAGGGCAGGACCAUGCCAGGAUCUUUAUCUCACGAAGCAGUCCCCAGAAAGAAGAGACAAUCACUGAUUUAGAAGAGCCAGCUGUCCAUCUCUCCCCACUUCCCACCAAAAUUAAUUAUCAGGUACAAGCAGAGAGAAUAAAAAUGGUCCAGACCAUUCUAAGUGAUGGGCUACGGAACUAAGCUAUGUGAUACAAAACCUAAAAGGAAGAGUAGUUCCCUUGUUAAUGGAAAGUUAAUUUCAAACAGAGCUUUAUCUGCCAAUCCUGAUGGAACACCAAGGUUCUUUAAAGCUCCUUUCUGAUGUCAUUCACGUCUUUGCCUAACAGACAGACAAUCUACCACCAAGAAACAAGAGAGUAAUAAACUUUGCUACCACAGCCAACCAAGCUAUAACUUGUAUUCAAAAGGCUACAAGGACUGGAUGGAUAACACAGACACUGUGGGACCAGGGUCACUGUUUCAGAACCAUCAAGUGCUAGAGAGCUUGGGGUCCUCUGAAGCACUGGCAUGAAAUCUCAUAGCUAGUUAUCUCUCCCUCUGGAAAAGGGAAAAGAUCUUCAAUUCUUUUCACCUCUGUGCCAGUGCUUCUGACAGAAGACAUGAUUUACAGGAGAAACACAAGUAGUCAGGGACUUGGGUACACCACACAGCUUCCAAAUUUCUGAAGGAGGGAGCAAAAAACACCAAACUAAUCUCAAAGGGAAAUACUUAACUAAAUAAAGAGAAAGUGCUGGAUAAUCUGCCCUCAUCUUCCUAAAGGCAGAGCCAAACCCCAUUUAGUUUGGUGGGGAGGGA